AUGGGCCAGUCUUCAUAUGCAGCAGACGCUUUGAAGAAGGCUCAUGAGCAGUUCACUGCUCGGAAUCCCCAGUCUCUGAAAGCUCACCGGGAUGCUCACCAAAAUCUUCCUGGUGGCAACACCAGAACGGUGCUACACGCCGAGCCAUUUCCCAUCACCUGGGUUCAAGGAAACAGGAAUACACUGACAUCUCUUGACGGUGACGUGUAUACGGAUCUUCUGGGAGAGUUCAGCGCGGGGAUCUUUGGGCAUUCGGAACCACGCAUCGCUGAAGCGGUCCAAACAGCCUUGUCUAGCGGGUGGAAUUUUGGUGGAAACACGCUCCUAGAAAAGAGGUUCGCCGCCAAAAUAUGUCAACGGUUUGGCCCAGCAGGAAUUGAUAUGGUCCGAUUCACGAAUUCCGGCACCGAAGCCAACACUACCGCUCUGAACGCCGCGGUCGCCAUCACCUCGAGACGAAAGAUCUUGGUCUUCAGCGGCGGAUACCAUGGCAGUACUUUGGUAUUUCCGAUGACUCUGAUGAAAGGCUCGACCGAGGCGCCGAUGAAUCUACCGCACGAGUUCGUGUUCGCACCCUAUAACAAUAUUCCCGAGACACAGGCAAUUAUUGAUAAAAUCGGCGGCAAUAGCCUGGCUGCUGUCUUGGUCGAACCAGUCCAAGGAUCCGGCGGAUGCAGGCCCGCUACGGAUCUCUUUAUGCAAUACCUACGUCAGCUCUGCAAUAUGACUGGCGCGCUCCUGGUGAUUGAUGAGGUUAUGGCUUCUCGCCUCGGCGUGUCAGGAUACAGCGCCAGCCUAGGAAUUAAAGGUGAUAUCGUGACCUUGGGUAAGUACGUUGGUGGAGGCAUGACCUUCGGCGCAUUUGGAGGCCGCAGAGAUAUCAUGGAGCGGUUCGACCCGUCGAAGAACAAUCUUUUCCAUCCAGGGACAUACAACAAUAAUGUGCUUACUAUGUCAGCUGGCAUAGUGGGGCUCGAUAUCUACAACGCCGCCGAAGUCGCUCGACUUAAUCAGCUCGGUCGAGAUACUAAGGUCAAGAUCCAGCAAAUUUUGAUUGAUGAAAAGACGUAUCCGGCCAUGAUCUCGGAAGCAUCGGCCGACAUUAUCGAGAUUGAAAGCCUUGACCACGAUCUCAUGAUUCAAGUGGACAGCGAUGUAAUGCAAGCUUCGACAGGCCUACCGUUGAUGUUCAUCACAGGUCGUGGAAGCAUGCUGAACGUGCGGUUUUCCGGGCCAGACGCCGCCAUCUGGCAAGCGCUAUACUAUCAUCAUAUGCUUUCCAAGAACAUCUACAUCGCCACUCGUGGCUACACGCCUUUGCACUUGCAAGUCACCCCCGAAGACGCUCAGAGAUACGUGGAUGCUAUCCGCGAGUUUGUCCACCUGCACAAAGACCAACUGCGUUGGCAUCACUUGGUUAGCGGCAUGAAUGGUGUAAUUUGA